AUGGGGGUAGCAGUUGGUGGCGGUGGUGAUGUUGGCGAUGGUGAUAGCGCAGAAGAAGAGGAUCCUUCGUCGGCCUCUACAAGGGCCCUUCAUUCGCCCUCAGUGCCAACGGAGAUGCUUGUGGAUUACGUCAGAAUCACCCAGGGCCCGGACGGUCAGUGGGUGCCUCCGCUGGAAUCCAUUGCAGCAGACGGAGGGCUACAGCCCGUUGCCCUCGACGGGGUGACGCGUUCGUCGCCAAGAAUGCUCGACGUCAUCAUCAACCUUCUGGCGGUGUCGGCGUGCGUGCUUGGUCCCUACAUGGCGAUGACCGGGUUGAGCCGCCCCCGCACCAACACCAUCCUGAUGGGAAUGGAGAUUGGUGCAUUCAAGGCGGCCAACGCGUCAUAUCUCAUCUCUGGGAGCUAUGUGAUGGCCUUUGUGGGUGCAGUCACCUUCGGGAUGCUGGUCGGGUACCUCGCGCUUCACCAUCGAGCUAUGGCCCGAUGGAACACUGUGGCCGGGCUCGCGGUUCCUGCACUCUUUGUGCUCAUCGACAUCGGCAUGAUAUCGGACAUCGGGUCGCGGUACGUCUGCUGGGCCAUUUUUUUCGUUCUGACGGUCACCUUUGCUGUGUUGGUGUUCCCGUCAGAGCACCAUGCCAAGGGUUUCGUGGUGGCGACGGCAGCCACGGGGAGCUGCGUGCUGAAGCUUGGGCUCGGCCGAUUGCUCGGCGAGUCGGGAGAGAUAUUCAAGAUCCUUGACGAUCCACUCGGCGACUGGUGCCACGUAUCGAGGAUUUGCCAAUCUCUGAUCUACGUGAUGGGAGCGAUGUUCUUCAUCGGCCUCUCCUCUCAGAGGUGUCUGAGACCGCUUUCCAAGGACGUCAACAAUGACGGUGUUACCACCAGCCUCGAGAAACAGAGGAGCGCUCUCUUCACGCCACCCCGGGCCCGAUCUCCGCUGGGAGCGUCAUCCGCGCGGUCCAGCACACACACGCUCACGAGACAGGACACCUGUUCCACCAGCAGCGACUUCGAGAUCGACGACAAUCAAGAAGCGAGCGCCGGGGGGCAGCGACAAUCCGGUGGCGACGGCGGAGAUAAAGCUGCUGGACGGCGGCAAGGAAACGAAAAGAAGGGUUUCCGCGACUACGACGAGGACGAAGCCUUCAUCCUCGGGAUAGGGGCGCGACGAGGACGAGCACCAGGGGCGUGGGAGCGCGUAUCGGCUGGGACUAGGAGCGAGGGCGACACGAUCGAGCUCGUCAUUCACAGCCCGCACAAGAGGGCUCUGCGUCCUCAUCGGCCGUCGGGGUGGUUCGGCAGCGGUGGGAGCAGCGGCGGCAACAGCGGCGGCGGCGGCAGUGAUCACCGCCAAUCGAUGCCGCAGUUUUGCCUAAGGGACGGACAAGACGGGGGUAACGACAGGGGCCUAUCCUCCCCGUCAACUAACGACUACGAAGACGCGCUGAGUAUCCUGUCCGCCUCGGAACUGGUCACGCCGGACGCAGAAGUACCAGCAGCCAUAGCGCCGGCGGUCGCCAGUGCCGGCUCAGCCAACACCGAGGGGGCCCGAAGCGGACGGCUUGCUGACGCCUUUUCUGAGAAGUGGGGGUCUUGGGUGCAAGACGUAAAUUCUUCCGACAGUAAUGACGACGGUUCAGGCGAAGGAAGGCGUGACGAUGGACGUGAUGGUAGCGGCUAUCGACUUGCCUUCCAAGACAACGGAGAGGAAAAGAGCACCGCCGCUGGUGGCAGCGGUGGCGGCGGCGGCGGCGGCUGCCGCAGCGCGCGGGAGUUUGACAACGAGGUGCUCAGCCCCGUACCGACAGAACCCAGACGAAGACCCGCCGUACUCCAGCGCCGCCGCCGCCGCCGCCGUCGCUGCCGCGGGUGCGGCCGAAACGGAACACGACAGUGACGGCCAGGCCCGGACUCGUCCCCCGUGUUCAUCAUCGAGCAGCUCCGUCUACGAUGAGAAGUGGCUGUGGCGCCAUCGCGAUGGGGUUCUCCCCCCCACGAGCAGCAGCAACAGCAGCGGCUCUGCCGGAGCUCACGGGCCGGAACACAGCAGCGAUUACGGUCCACGAGAAUUCCCUCCGACCCGGCCGCCUGAAACCGAUGCCGCUGGAGAAAUCUCCAGCCGUAGAGAGCACGAGGACGACGUCGACUCGAGGCUUGAAACUGCAACAGCCGUGCCAAGUGCUAGCGCCCAACGUCAAGAGCCAUACGGAGAAUCGGAGACCGGUUCCCUGCUGGAGAUUGACCUCUGAAGAAGGAACGGUGCGGCCUGUCGCGACAAGUGAAAUGCCUGCGAGCAUGGCCGGGUCGGGACAAGUAAACUGUUUGCCAGCAUGGUUAACCCAUUGUCCCCAACGCGUGUGUGCGUUGCAGUACUCGUAGUUCUGAAAAUGGGUUUGGUAUUUUUGUAGGGGAAUCUGGCAGUAGGUCGGGGCUGAGUGUCGCAUGAGGCCAAUUUACAGAGAAUCUCACCCAGCGCAGGAUCGACAUAAUCACACAACAGAAUCCACAAGAGGACGUUUAAAACUCAAGCGAUUAGCGUAUAAACACAUAUCUUUGGCGUGCGAAGUUCGUGUUUCGUUGUAUAGAGCCGUUCAUUGUACAGUCGUAUGUUCCCUUCUUUUGUCGGUUACGCAUUGCAUAAUUUGGUUCGGGGUAUCACGGUGUACAUGAGACAUGAAAAGGUCGUAAGUUUGUGGGUUUGUCCGAAAGCUCGUACUCGUCGAGGUUUAGUGCUGCAAUGGCGUUCGUUCCUUCCAUGUACGUGUACGAGUGUUUUAGUCACGAGUUAGAUGUUGAAUUCACAGAGGGAUCUACCACCACAUGGUAUGUGUAAUAUGUUGUAAACUAGAAGUAUCUGCGUUGAGGGUGCAUACGUCCAAAGUUGGUGAAGUUGAUCGCUUUCCAGACGUGGUGGAUAGGACACCACACACGGUCAAAUCAAACGCCGAGGUGUGCGUGGUCGCUUGUUACCGCGAACUACGCACCUUGGCGCACGCGAGCGCUUGUGAAUGGUUGUGUCCGUUGUAUUUCUUUGGCCUCCGAAAGAAGCUGAGGGUCUUAUGAGACCCUCAUGAAACUCUCAAGAAAUUUCGGCU